AAUCAGCAGCCGAGCCAGACCGCCGCCGCCGCUCCCGCUCUCGGAUAAAAGCUGGCUACCAGGCUGAGCUCGUCCCUGCUGGCCAGAGCCAGACCGGUUGUGCCAAUGGCUCAAGACAGAGUGCAGUACUGUCACUCAGAGAAAGACUUUAUCUUGUCCCCUCACAGUAAGAAGGUUCCCAAAAGGAUGGCGUCCCUCCUGGAGAUGAAGGAAAUCUUCCGCAGCGCUGACGCGGUAUGCUUCGACGUGGACAGUACGGUCAUCAGGGAAGAAGGCAUUGAUGAGCUUGCCAAGUUCUGUGGAGUCGGAGAUGCCGUCGCGGAGAUGACUCGCAGAGCUAUGGGUGGCACUGUGACAUUCAAAGCAGCUUUAACGGCACGGCUCGGUCUCAUACGUCCCUCCUAUGAGCAAGUGCAGAAACUAAUCUCCGACAACCCACCUCAGCUAACACCAGGAAUAAGGGAGCUGGUGAGCCGGCUUCAUCAACGAGGGGUCCAGGUCUUCUUGGUCUCUGGGGGGUUUCAGAGCAUCGUGGAGCACGUGGCCUCGCAGCUGAACAUCCCAACAGCAAACGUCUUUGCCAACAGGCUGAAGUUUUACUUCAACGGGGAAUACGCGGGAUUCGACGAAACACAACCAACAGCCGAGUCGGGGGGGAAAGGGAAGGUUAUUGCUCACCUGAAGGAACAGUUCCACUUCAAGAAGGUAGUUAUGGUUGGAGAUGGAGCGACAGACAUGGAAGCCUGUCCCCCCGCUGACUGCUUCAUCGGAUUCGGAGGCAACGUGGUCAGAAAGCAAGUGAAGGAGAAGGCCAAGUGGUACAUCACUCACUUUGAUGAACUGCUAAAGGAGCUGGAGGAACGAUAAAUUAUACCGUAAAGUAAUAUAUUUAACAACUGUAAAUCCGUUAUAUAAUGCAAUUAAAAGUCUAUUUGUUUGCAAA